GGGGCCGGUGGAGCCAGGAGCGCGGCCGGAGCAUGGAAGGUUCAGAGGCAGGUAUGGACCUAAGUAAUCCUCAGGAACAGCCGCUGGCUGCAGGUACAGUGCUUCAAGGACAGGAGGUUUUGGCAGACUGUGAUCUGAGCAAAUCCCAGGAAAUGGAAAGGGAGGAUGAUGCAGAGGAUAUGAAGGAACACAAUCAGUCUCAUGAAGAAGUAGAAGAUGAUGUGGUUAAAGUGAAAGGUGAAUACAGUGAAAGAGAGGAGAGUGCUUUACAUUCAGAGCCAAUGGAAACCCCUGAAGAAUCUGAACUGCCUUACGCCUAUCCCAGAGAAUAUAAUGACUAUGACAGCAUUAAACUGGAAAGACAUUCGGGUUCAUAUGACAACAUCAGGCCAGCUAGUGGAAAAAUGACUUGUGAUAUCUGUGGAUUAGCCUGUAUUAGCCUCAAUGUCUUGAUGGUUCAUAAGCGUAGCCACACUGGUGAACGGCCAUUCCAGUGUAAUCAGUGCGGAGCUUCCUUUACUCAGAAGGGAAACCUCCUCCGCCACAUUAAACUACACACAGGGGAAAAACCUUUUAAAUGUCAUCUUUGCAGUUAUGCCUGCCAAAGGAGGGAUGCGCUAACGGGUCACUUAAGGACACAUUCUGUGGAGAAGCCAUACAAGUGUGAGUUCUGCGGCAGGAGCUACAAGCAGAGGAGCUCGUUGGAGGAGCACCGGGAGCGGUGCCGGACCUACCUGCAGACCACUGGUGUGUGUGAGCCUGUAGCGAGCGUGGAGGGAAGGCACAUCAAGGCAGAGAUGGGGAGUGAAAGAGCCCUUGUGCUGGACAGGCUAGCGAGCAACGUGGCAAAGAGAAAAAGCUCAAUGCCUCAGAAGUUUAUUGGUGAGAAACGCCACAGUUUUGAUGUCAAUUAUAACCCAAGUUUCAUGUAUGAGAAGGAAAGCGAUGUGAUGCAAGGCCGUAUGAUGGACCAGGCCAUAAACAACGCCAUCACCUACCUGGGGGCUGAAGCCCUGCGCCCUCUCGUGCAGACACCACCAGCUCCCACCUCCGAGAUGGUCCCAGUCAUCAGCAGCCUGUAUCCCAUUGCACUGACCCGUGCUGAGGUGCCCAAUGGCACCUCGCAGGAUGCUGAUAAGAGCCAUCCCCACCUAAGGGACAAAAGCCUGUCCUCAGACAGAGGCCUCUCCCCCAACAACAGCGGCCAAGACUCCACAGACACCGACAGCAACCACGAGGAGAGGCACAAUCCCACUUUCCACCCCAGCCAGAUGCUCCCUGCUCAGACCCACAACGGCCUCCAGCCCUUGAAGGACUUCCCGAGGCCAUACGACAUCCUCAAGCCUCCGGCCAUAUGCCCACGAGAUGCCUUCAAGGUCAUCAACAAGGAGGGGGAAGCCAUCGGGGUGUACAGGUGUGACCAUUGCCAUGUCCUGUUCCUGGAUUACGUGAUGUUCACCAUCCACAUGGGCUGCCACGGCUUCCGUGACCCCUUCGAGUGCAACGUCUGCGGGUACCGGAGCCACGACCGCUAUGAGUUCUCAUCGCACAUAGCACGAGGAGAGCACCGGGUAGGGCUCAAGUAAAGGGACCCAAUCCACAAGGUCAGAGGGGAGGCUCGUGGGGUUUUCAGUAGCAGAAAGAGAGCUCAUGAGUGUAUUUUUCUAUGCCAGUUUUAAAGUGAGAGUCAUGGGGCAGGUGAUGCCUUUUGACCCGUUCCUUUGCAAGCAGUCAGUGUCCUGUAGCAUCUCUGCUGUGCGGGGUGGGACUGAGGACGUCCCAGGAGCAGAGACCGGUUUUUAGAUGAAGUUUUAUUUUUUUAUACCAUUUUAAACCAUUUUUAGAUGGUUUUAUUUUUUUAAUGUGCAUUUGUGUUUCCUGAUGUGUGCUUUAACUCAGCUCAAACGGGUUUCAUGCCCUGCUGAUGCUGUCCGAUGUGUAGGAGCAGGAAUAUAGGAGGAGCUUUGUUUUAGCUGUUACAACCCCAAUGGGCUUCAACUCACUGAACCAAGGAGAACACACUGGGAGGGAUGAUUAACUCCUCUUCAAAGGUUUUCCCCUCAGUUUUAAAGAGCACAUGGCCCCACCACACUUUCAUUUUCCUUCCCCUUCUGUUCACCUGCUUCAAAGUCACUCCCACACGUGUCUUAGCAAGAGCAAAGUGAGACAUGAGACCUGGGAUGGGGGUUUCACAGCACACCCUUAUGGGAUACCCCAUGAGCUCACUGCUUGGCUCAUCCGUGCAGUCAGUGAUGGGAAAUCCUCCUUUCCAAUGGGCACCAGGACCGAGGAGGAUGCUGUGUAUGGGGGGGACAUCCCCAGGUUCUCCUUC